AUGAGAAGACUAAGCCACGGGCUUUUUGCCCGGAGAUCAUGGACCUGUAUCCAAUGCAGGAAUUUAUCCUCCUCCGCGGGUACAAGUGCUCGCAAACCGAAGAACAAUCUCCCCGACGCCCCAGCGCGAACGCGUUUUGCGCCCUCUCCGACCGGCUAUCUCCAUUUGGGAUCGCUACGGACUGCGCUGUUUAAUUACCUACUCGCCAAGCGCACCGGUGGCCAGUUCCUGUUGCGUAUUGAAGAUACUGAUCAGAAACGUACGAUUCCGGGAGCAGAGCAACGACUCUACGAUGACCUUCGAUGGGCCGGUUUACAUUGGGAUGAAGGCCCUGUCGUUGGCGGCCCUUACGGACCAUACAGACAAUCUGAGCGAACGGCUCUUUAUCGAACCCACGCCGACGAAUUAAUCUCCAAUGGGCAUGCCUACCGAUGCUUCUGCUCUUCGGAGCGCCUCGAUUCGCUUGCACGUCACCGGAGCCAAGCAGGGCUCCCUUCCGGUUACGAUAGGAAAUGCACCGAUAUCUCCUCCGAAGAGUCAGAGGACAGAGCCUCCAAGGGCGAGGCACACGUAGUCCGUUUGAAGGUCGAAGGAUAUCCCAUGUUCAAUGACCUGGUUUAUGGCAAAACGGGACAGAACAAGACCAACAACAGCAAAUUGGAUCUGAUUGAUCGAGUCUAUGAUGAUCCAAUUCUGUUGAAAUCUGAUGGUCAUCCGACAUAUCACUUGGCGAACGUGGUAGACGACCACUGUAUGGAGAUUACUCACGUUAUCCGGGGAACGGAAUGGAUGCCCUCGACGCCAAUGCAUAUGGCAUUGUAUAACGCCUUCAAGUGGACACCACCACAAUUUGGCCAUGUUCCCCUGCUCGUUGACAAGAGCGGGCAGAAGCUCAGCAAGCGAAAUGCAGACAUCGACCUCUCCUCUUUCAAGGAUCAGCAGGGAAUCUUCGCUGCGACUUUGGUCAAUUUUGCCGCGCUUCUGGGAUGGUCUCAUUCCCAGAAAUCAGAUGUCUUCAGCUUGGAGGAGCUCGAGCAGAUUUUCAACCUUAAAAUCACCCGUGGCAAUACUGUUGUUGCAUUUGAGAAGCUCUGGUUCCUUCAGAAGGCACAUGCUCAGAGAUUCGCAGCAACUGGUGGUCCUCAAUUUGACGAGAUGGUGAACAGAGUGUGCACGUUCGUCGAAAAGGCACACUCCACGGAGAAGUUCUCUUCUAUCCUUCAAGGUCGCACCUUGUCCGAGUAUAUCGCACCUCUUCUUCGUGCGGACGCCAAAACAUAUACCACCGCAGUAGAAUUCAGCGAGCGCAACUCUACAUUCUUCACCACGCAGCUUGACCGACCCUCAUACUCACCAACGACAUCCUCUACCUCGACAGAGACCCCUAUGGUUCCAGUGCAAGCGCUCCACACGGCAGCCGCGGCUCUAAGUCUUGUACCGCCGGCUCACUGGACCAUCGAAACCCAUCGCGCAAACAUUAACUCCUACGAUGGCUCCGACGCCGUUAUAAUUCCGUCUGAAACUGCGGGUGCGGUCGUUCCCGACAAGAUCUUCAAGAAAGAACUAUACCAUUACCUCCGCUGGGCAUUGUCAGCUUCCGCGCCUGGCCCUGGUAUUCCUGAGAUCAUGACUAUUCUUGGACGGGAGGAAACAUUGCGUCGCAUUCAGGAUGCGAAGGCUCUGACCCAGUCUCUGGUACCGCAAACUGGAAGGCGAGUCCCGAAGGCUUCAGGAGAGAAGAAGCUGCAAGAGGACAAGAGCUGGAUGGGGACUCUUGCUCCCCAGAAAUAA